AUGGAGGAGCUAAUGGAGUUUCAGGUGAUUUGGCCGGAGAACGAGGAACGUCCGAUCACCAUCGAAUGGUAUUCAGAUGAGGCUGAAGGCGACACGAGAGACUUCCAUAGGCGAGAAGCGGCGGCGCCGGUGAGCAUACAGAGGCCAAUGGGCUGGAGGCCGCCGGUUUCAGAUUCCGAUUCGGAUUCGGAGUCGGAGUCGGAGUCGGAAGACAUGGUUCCGCCGCACGUUCUGGUGGCCCGGAGGUGGAGUGAACCGUCGUCGGCGGCGGCUUUCUCGCUGUGCUCCGGUCCCGGACGCACGCUCAAGGGCCGCGACCUGAGGAAUGUUCGCGAUUUCGUUCUGCGGAUGACGGGGUUCCUGGAGACAUAGAUUAAGGAUUUGGGUUCAUUAGAUGAUGCCGCGA